GGCAUUAAGUGAUUUUCGCGAAAUAUUUGUUUACCAAUUAAAUAUUUUCAAAAUAGGACUUCCCAGCGGAUUGGCAAGCAAGAUGAGUGCCAGCAACAAAGGCGGCUACAAGACGCCGCGGAAGCAGAACCUCAAGUCCAUCGAAAACCUCACCAACUCCGAGGAAUCCGAAGAUCUGGACACAGCAAUUGUGGAGGAUGCGGAGGAGUCGCAGACCAAGGUCACCAGACGCCGCUCCACCCGCCGUCCAAGUCCCACCAAGAAGUACCAGGCCUACAAGGAGGAAGCCCAUGGAAAAGAGCAGGAGGAGCGCGUUGUAGUGAAUUAUGUGGAGAUGUCGGAUGAGGACAGCAAUGAGCCGGAGGAUGAUGAAGAAGGCGAAGAAAGUGUUGAGAAAUCGGAGAAUGCCGCCCGCCCCACUUCCAAGGAUCUCAAUCUCAUCCAAUCCGAGUACAAUGUGGCCGGCACCAGCAUGUUUGGAUUCAACACGCCCAAGAAACGCGAUGCCAUGGCCCUGGCCGCCCUAAACGCCACGCCCCGCACACCUAAGACUCCAAAAACUCCACGACUGGGUGUCAAAACUCCCGACACCAAGCGCAAGAAGUCCACGGACCAGCCAAAGACACCAGCCCAUGUGCGCAGUCGAGUCAAGAAUCAUAUUGCCAGAAUAGUGGCAGACUCGGAUGAGGAUUUCUCCGGGGACGAGAGCGACUUCCGGCCCAGUGAUGAGGACUCCUCCUCCAGCAGCAGUAGCAGUGAUGGUGGUCACUCCUCGGACAACGAUGCCGCCGACGAUGAGCCCAAGACGCCCUGCAAGGCACGGCGAGUCAUUGUGGUGCCCGUUCUGCCCAAAACACCAUCGGCAGCUCGUCUCCGUCAAUCGGCGAGGGCCAAGAAAUCGAAUGAGUUUGUGCCCGAGAGCGAUGGCUACUUCCACUCGCAUGCCAGCAGCAAGAUUCUUACUUCGGAUCACACUUUGGAUCGCUUGAAGAAUCCCCGCCUGGCCGCCGAUCGUGUGUUUAGUUUGCUGUCCGAAGUUAAGCUAUCCACGGAGCACGAGGGAUCCAUUAAUGCCAUAAUGGAAGAGUAUCGUUCAUACUUUCCCAAGUGGAUGUGCAUCCUGAACGAGGGCUUCAACAUACUGCUGUACGGAUUGGGCUCCAAGCGGCAGUUGUUGCAGUCAUUCCACCGGGAGGUUUUGGAGAAACAAACUGUGCUGGUGGUGAAUGGCUUUUUUCCCAGCCUGACACUCAAAGAUAUGCUGGACAGCAUCACAAGCGAGAUUUUGGAUGCGGGCGUUAGUCCUGCCAAUCCGCAUGAGGCGGUGGACAUGAUCGAGGAGGAGUUCGCCCUCAUACCGGAGACACAUUUGUUCUUAAUUGUCCACAAUUUGGAUGGAGCGAUGUUGCGGAACGUGAAGGCACAGGCGAUUCUAUCACGUCUGUCGCGGGUGCCAAACAUUCAUCUGCUGGCCUCCAUCGAUCACAUUAACACCCCACUGCUUUGGGACCAAGGAAAGCUGAGCAGCUUCAACUUCUCGUGGUGGGAUUGCACAACCAUGCUGCCAUAUACGAAUGAAACUGCCUUCGAGAACUCGCUGCUGGUGCAGAAUUCCGGCGAAUUGGCCCUCUCCUCGAUGCGCAGUGUGUUCUCCUCGCUGACGACCAACUCGCGUGGCAUCUACAUGCUGAUUGUCAAGUACCAACUGAAGAAUAAGGGCAAUGCCACGUACCAGGGCAUGCCGUUUAGGGAUCUCUACUCGAGUUGCCGCGAAGCCUUCUUGGUCAGCUCCGAUCUUGCGUUGCGUGCCCAGCUCACCGAGUUCCUCGAUCACAAACUGGUCAAGUCGAAGCGAAGCGUUGAUGGCUCCGAACAGCUAACCAUUCCCAUCGAUGGCGGACUGCUGCAGCAGUUCCUCGAGGAGCAGGAGAAGAAAUAGGCCAGCCACGUAAUUUUAGAACAUAUUAAUUUAUUAUCUAAUAUUGUUAAAUACAAUUACAAUUUCGCUUUUAAAAAUGUCGUGUUGCUGUCACUUGUAUUGCCCUUUAGUGCAGUUUCAUUUCGUUCUUUGUUUGUCAAUUUCUACACAUUUAGAUUGGCAUGCAUAAAAGUUGUUGGUUUACUAGAUACACAUUUUAGAUGGCUAGUUUUGUCUUCCCCAAACUGAUUUCGCUCCUAUUGCGACCAGAGCAACCCAAAACUUAACACUCCAAGUGCUCCUCUAUUUCGGGGAUGACCGCAAUUAGACUCAAUUAGGAUUAGAAGAGGCAAAAUAAAUAUAGCUAAGCAGGCCGAAAUUAUACAGCUCCCUGACGGUCAUCCCGUGCUCCCAUUUCCAUCCAUUCAAAGGCUAAUAUCGGUUACCUAUUACUAUACAGACACGCACAUACACAGAUUAAAGCAUUGGACUUGUAACUAGGUAAUUGUGCACUCGAAACAAAAUGUAAUUGCUGCGACUAAGGCUAGUUUAUUUACACUUUCUUGAUAGCAAAUCACAUGCGAAGUCAAUCGGAAGUACUCAUACAUUGGAAAUCGUUCGUGGUUUGCUCCUAUCAAUAUUAUUUUACGUUAUUGCAAAAACUUCUACCCUUUCCUGAAUACCUGAAUUGUACACACCAAGUUUACGAUCUGCACUUUCGCAUAUAAAAAUGUAAUCUCGUCUGCGCCGUAUUUCAUUUAUUUAAUAGUUAGAUAAAUUGUUAUCACGUUUACUUUACUCGUACUUUUAACCUUCGUUUGUGGGAAAAGUCGAAAUGUUCUGAAUCAAUCAGAAGAGAAACCACCCAUGAGAAUCUCCCCUUUACAAAAUGAAUCGAUGCAUCAGUGGUUUUGUUUUUUUUCAGUUUUUAUCUGCUUACUAUACACAAAUUGCUACUGUUUGCUUUUAUUUCGACAAUGUUUUGUUUGUUUUCAUAGUUUUGUACAACAAAUUAAUUACAUUUGCGCUUAAACAAAGAGAAACACGUUUCUGAUUUUAAAUACUUAAGAAAAGAAAAGAGAAACUAAAAAUUAAAGUUACAGGAAAAGAAGUGAAUUCAGCGAAGAAUAUUGAAAUAUAGAAUAUAGAAGACCCAGUAGUAAAUAAUAAAUCUAUACAUAUUCCUCAAUUUCGAAAGGGAGGGCGUGGAUUUUGGUAGGUGGGUGCAAUUAAACCUUGAAUGCUUUGAAAAUUGUUCCGAGUUUACAUAUACACAAUAUAUAAAUCAACUUCAUUAUCAUAUCCGUAUCAUUACUCAUUUACUCGUUACUCAUUAGUCAUACUCAUCGAAUAUACAUCACAAUCAAAGUGUACGCUUUGUAAUUAUACGCAGUAAUCGGUAAUCAUAAUCGUUAUAAUUAUAAUAAUAAUAAUAGUUAUGCUUUCUCAGUGAAUUUCUUUAUUUCUUGUUGUAUUUACGCCUUCGAUUUUUUUCU